AUGGAUCUGAAUAAAAUGAUGUCUGCUAAUAGAUUUACACCAUUGUUGUUUGCUGUACAGAACGGAUAUCUUGAUAUUGUCAAAUACCUGAUCAGUGUAGGCUGUGAUAGAGAAGCAGAACAAAAGACUGGAUUAACACCAUUAUCGGUUGCUGCUUUCAAUGGACACCUGGAUAUAGUCCAGUACCUGUUCACAGUUGGUUGUGUUAGAGAAACAAAAUCCAAAGAUGGAAGAACUGCACUACAUGUGGCUUCUCAGUAUGGACAUUUCCAUGUUACCAAAUGGCUGAUAGAAGAAGGAGGAAUCAGUCCCGUGGUUUUGACAUAUAAGGGUAAAACUCCUUUCCAGCUGGCUGCAGAAAGAGACGAACAAGAUUCUAGUGAAAAAAGAAAAGAAAAGAACGAAAUAAUGGACUUUCUCAAGACUGUCAUGUCAACAGAAAAGCAAAAAGUCAGCUCAAAAAUCCCACAGCAGAAAGGUCUUUUACAAGUCUCCACAGGCCCUAAUGAAGAAGUACAGAUCUUUUCUGAUAAGGAAUUUAAAGGUCUGGUAAAAAGCGGGGCGUACAGAUGCUUUUGGAAUAGAAUUUUUUUGACUGGUCCAUUUGGCGUGGGUAAAACGAGUUUAGCCAAAAUGUUGGUUGGAGACGAGGCUCCAGAGGAGCGGAAAUCUACGGAUGGAUCCAUAUUGAACGCAACAGUUCAAAGCUUACUUAGGAGUAAAGAAGUGACAGCUCCAUCAGAUGCUUAUAAAUCAAUUGAUGACAUAGAAAAUACGGGUGCAGUAAAACAUAGCGAGGAGACGAAGACUCAAGAUCCUGUAACCUCUAUUUCGGAUGCAGGUGCAGUAAAACAUAGCAGGAACAUGUCAGACCCAGGUGCACUUAAAUCUCAGGACAAUAUUCCACAUGCUGUCAAAAAGAAGUCAAAGCUCAAAACUUUCCUCGAUAUCCCAAAUCGAAUACAGAAAGCAUUUAAAGGUACAGCUGUGUUAUCAUUAUGUGUGAAUAUGCAAGUGAAUUGA